ACUGAACUGAGUUGGACACCCUGGUCUAUGGUGAAAAUCUGUGAGCUGGCUGAUGUUUAGUUGCACAAGCGUGUACCCUGGUGGACGACAUAGAAAGAACAGUGCACAGAUCUCGCUGCUGUGCGUCGCCAGGACUCUAGGGGGCGGAUGAGUGAGUUGAUAUCUCUGCAAGUUCUGUGUUCAAAACAAGCGAAGAAGAAAAGCCCCCCUCAGCGGAGCAAAAUGGCCGACGUUGAGAUGGACAUCGCGUCCACAAGAAUGAAUAAUGGCAACGAACACGUGAAACCAGACCUGGAAAGCCAGGAAAGGAGUGGGAAUGAAGACAGCGGAGACGUGUCUGAGGAAGAGGAGGAGGAAGAGGAGGAGGCAGUUACUAAUGGCGAGAAGACAGAAGAGGGGCCCAAACAUCACAGCAGUAGUGGGAAACACAAGAGGAAAAAACACAAACAUCGCAGUAAGCACAAAAAACACAAGCAUGCCUCCGACGAAGACAAGGACCGCAAACGUAAGCACCGCCACAAACACAGGAAACACAAACGCAAAGAGGGCUCGUCACCCUCGGCCGCCGUCCUCUUCGGCGCCUCCGGCCACAAGAAAUUGGAAUCCUCACCCUCCUCUGGAAAUCCAAGUCUGGACGACAGGGCCCUGCUGGAGGAUUUAGAGAAACAGAGGGCCAUGAUAAAAGCUGAGCUGGACAGCCAGUUGAUGGAGGGGAAGGUUCAGUCAGGCAUGGGUUUAAUCCUUCAGGGUUACAACUCUGGAUCAGAGGAAGACGGGGACGCUAGAGUCCGAAAUGGAGAACAGCGUCAAAGGGGCAGCUCAGGUAAACCUAUCUCUCCCAGGGGCGGAAAAAGUGGGAAAUCUAGACGGGACUCAACAGAGGGGGGCGGCAAGUCCAACUCCAAGCGCCGCAGUCGAAGUAAAUCUGCAGACAAGUUGGGACAGACGAAGGAGAAUAAGCAGGACAAGGUGACCAAACCCACCAAGGACUCAAGUGUACGAGACAGAGGCCGGGGCAGGAGCAGGUCAAAAGACAGAAAGCGCUCACUCAGCACUGACAGGUCCAAGGAGAGAAGCAGGAAGUCCAACUCCCCCUCCAGCUGGAGAGGAGAGCAGAAAGGCGGCCGCGUUGACAAACGUCCUUCUCCUCCGCGGGACGAGAGACCAAACCUGGACAGAGCGGGCCGCAGGUCCAGAUCACCUGGACGGGAACGACCGGGUCGCUCAGAUGCUGACAGAGACAAACGGCCGACUAAAUCUCCAUCCAAGGACGCUUCGUCGGGGAAGGAGAACCGCUCUCCUCAUAGACGAGGGCUCCACAGCCCCUUGAGGGGUCCUUCCCCUCGCCACAGAGAUGCCCACCAGCCGCCAGCUACUGCCUCCGACAGGGCGUCCAAACAGAGCCACUCGCCAUCCAGGACUCGAUCCCCCAUAAGGAGAGGCCGCAGUCGCUCACCGGACCUCAGGAGGAGGGAUCUUGACAGGCAGGACUCACCUCAAAGGAAACGUCCCCGGGCAGAUGUAGGACCAGGCAGAGACAGAUCACGAGACAACAGUCCCAGAGCAGCCUCUCGCCGCAGGAUGAGUCGCUCACCUCUAAGAAGAAGGUCCCCAUCACUCCGACGGCGGUCCCGCUCCUCCCCCCGCAGACGCUCUCCGCUGGGACACAGGUCCGGGGAGAGAGACCGGUACGGGAGGCUCCGACAGUACAGACGCUCGAUGUCCAGAGACCGUGAUAGGAGGAGACGACGCAGCAGAGACGAGGACAAGUUCAAGGGCAGCCUGUCAGAAGGGAUGAAAGUGGACCAGGAAUCCUCCGAGGAAGAAGUGUUGGAGGACUUUGACGGAGAGGAGGUCGAUGAGGAGGCUCUCAUUGAACAGCGUCGCCAGCAGCGCCUGGCCAUCGUCCAGAAAUACAAAGCAGGGAACGAUGACUCCAACAUGGUGUCGGAGCCCAGCAGCCCUCAGAGCAGCACACGCAGCCGCUCCCCCUCGCCCGACGACAUCCUGGAGCGAGUAGCCGCAGAUGUGAAGGAGUAUGAACGCGAGAACCUCAACACCUUCGAGGCCAGCAUCAAAGCCAAGCACAACCUCAUCGCACAGGAGAAAGACGGAGCGAACCCAAAGAAGCCUUCAGCCCCCGACAUGUUUACAGAGUCUGAUGAUAUGUUUGCUGCCGACUUUGAUAGUGCCAGGAUGAGAGCAGCGGGUGUAGGGAAGGACUUUAAGGAGAACCCCAACCUCAGGGACAACUGGACUGACGCUGAGGGUUACUACCGAGUGAACAUCGGGGAGACCCUGGACAAGCGUUAUGAUGUGUACGGUUACACCGGCCAGGGUGUGUUCAGCAACGUGAUCAGAGCCAGGGACACCGCCAGGGCCGGCCAGGAGGUGGCAGUCAAGAUCAUCCGAAACAACGAGCUCAUGCAGAAGACCGGCUUGAAAGAGUUAGAAUUCCUCAAGAAGCUGAAUGACGCAGACCCUGAUGAUAAGUUCCACUGCCUCCGUCUCUUCAGACACUUCUACCACAAGCAGCAUCUGUGUCUGGUGUUUGAGCCGCUCAGCAUGAAUUUGCGAGAAGUGUUGAAGAAAUACGGUAAAGACGUCGGUCUCCACAUAAAGGCCGUGCGCUCUUACAGCCAGCAGCUCUUCCUGGCCCUCAAACUGCUCAAACGCUGCAACAUCCUCCAUGCUGACAUCAAGCCAGACAAUAUCCUGGUGAAUGAGUCAAAGACCAUUUUGAAGCUGUGUGACUUUGGUUCUGCAUCUCAUGUUGCCGAUAACGACAUCACACCGUACCUGGUCAGCAGAUUCUACAGAGCUCCUGAAAUCAUCAUAGGAAAACCGUAUGACUACGGCAUCGACAUGUGGUCCGUUGGCUGCACUUUAUACGAGCUUUACACCGGGAAAAUCCUCUUCCCUGGAUCUUCCAACAACCACAUGAUCAAACUAGCGAUGGACCUCAAGGGCAAGAUGCCCAACAAGAUGAUUCGCAAAGGCUUGUUCAAAGACCAGCACUUUGAUCAGAACUUGAACUUCCUGUACAUAGAAGUGGACAAAGUGACAGAAAGGGAGAAAGUAACGGUGAUGAGCACCAUCAACCCCACCAAAGACCUGCUGACAGAAAUGAUCGGAGGCCAGCGCCUGCCCGAGGACCAGAGGAAGAAGGUGAUGCAGCAGAAGGAUCUGAUUGAUGGCACCCUGAUGCUGGACCCAGCCAAACGCAUCACCAUCAACCAGGCUCUGCAGCACCCUUUUAUCCAGGAGAAAAUCUGAGACCCUGAACGCCACGCACUCCCAGAGCAGACAGAGAACCAACCACUAAACCAGCUCGGACCGGGACUCUGCAGAAAAGCAGCAAACCCACAGACUUCUACUCGGAAUGUCAUGGAGUUUUUUUUGUUCUUCCUCAACUUUAUUUUGUUUAUGAAGACAUAAUUGUGUUUUAUUGUAAAUAGAUCACUGAGAUGGUAGCCAUUCUUGAAGACACUGAUUUUGCGAUAUAUCAUUGUAAACUUUCCCCUCGUACCCAGCAAUGCAGUUACAGACUUUUUUUUAUUUAACUGGCAUUGAAGUGACAGAUGUUUUAAAGAAAAGAUAUAAUUCCUGUAAAUACUGUAUGUCUAUUGCAUUAACAAUCUCAAGCAGCAGACAGUUAAGUUUCAUCGUAGAUGCAGACGUCUAAAAAACAUCAUUUUUUAAAACCACAAUUCUCAUUGUGGGGCGAUGCAUGCUUUUUGAAUGUGCACUCUGUGCGCUCGAUUUCUGUGGUGCAGGCCUGUAAAUGCUCUGUAUGUGCAUCAGUGUUCCACGUGGCUGCAACCCCCCUUACAAAUUCUGCAGGCUGAGGUUUGAACUGAAGGUAAAGAUGCAUAGAAUACACUUCUGGAACAAGAUUUUGUUUUUUCUUUAAAGCAGGUAGUCAUUGUUUUCUGUUGCUGGACAUUUUCAUGUUGUUGAUUUUUGUUUUCUUUUUUACCUUUCUCCCCCUCCUCCAGCACUCUGGCUCGGUCCUGGCUCUUUAAGGCUCUCACAUUUAAGUGCCUCCUGUAUGAGCCUAGUGUGUUUAAAAACACCACACAAUGCUGGCCUAAUGAAGCCACACCUUGACCCUCCUCUCCCAGUGUUGUAUAUAGUCCACAGUUAGUGUCAUUUCAUGUGUGAUUAUUUUUUUCCAUUAAGUGGUAAAAAAAAACAAUCUUGUGAUUUCAAUAAAGAAUAGUUGUGGAAACGCUGCUGAAAGAGCA